GAAGAAACAGAUACAGAGAAGAAAGGAAUAGGACAACCACUUCCUUGCAUGAUGUAAUUCAGUGAUAAUUUAGUGGUAAUGAAAAUAAGAAGGAAAUUGAGUGAGGGUGUGAUUAACUUAUCAUUUUAAAGAAACAUGAAAAUGGCGCACGCAAAUAUGAACACGCAAGCGUGUGUGCGUGUGCGUGUGUGUGUGUGUGUAUGUGUCACCCCCACCCCCCUCGAAUCUCUGUUACCCGCCAUUUCCAUUAAAAUGACGUCAGGGAAAAAAGGAGGAGAAAACUGGGAAAAGCGAGAGACAUGGACUGCCUGUAGAGGUGCGGCGCAGGCAAAAGGACCAUCGGACCAACCAGGAAGUGAGAGAGCGGGGCCGGAGGUGAAGGAACGGAAAUUAACCAUUUGCUUCUAACAAUAAUUACAUGAAAACAACUCUUUUAAUUCACAGGACCUCGUCCCUUUCGCUCGUUUCCGGUCGCGAGGCGAGUUCUGGGCCUGCCUAUCGAAUCAAUGUGAUAAAUAAUUCUACAUCAUCCGGACUGGGCCAAACGCGGAGACGAGAAAAGACGAGACAAAAUGAGAGAAGACGACAGGGCCAAAGGGGAGUGACAGAUAUCAUAAAGUGUAUAAACCUAGCGCUUGCCUGCCCCUGCUGCCUGACUAGCAGCGACAGCUCUGGCACCGUUUUAUUGCAGUGAAUACGGUAUGCCAGCUCUCGUCACCUUGAUAUAAGGGAGCCGGGUGUUUGCACCCAAACACAAGGGACAUUUCAUGACACGGCGGAGGAUUUGCAACUAAUGUGUCCGAGCUUUGGAGGAUUACGUUCUUCGAGCUUCUGUCCACACAGGGGUCCUCACAUGACAGGUUGAUGCAGAUAUGGACCCUGUCUGCCCGAAAAAAUCGGACUGUGAUAUCAGCGCAAUUCCAAGACCCGCAUUGUGGUCACCCUUGCUUCCCUGGCGCCGGUUGCCUCUGACUACCGGAAAUCCUGUUGCUGUCCUUCCGCGCAUGUCCAUUUUACCUCCUGACUGCUUCCCUUCCACAUUAGCCUCUCCUCGCUUUAUGUCAGCUCAUCUGAUUCCACGGGAACUAUUUUCUGAACAGAUUUUUCCAUUCGUUCCAAGGCGGAAGUCACGUGAGCAGCGCCCGCGACGUCAGCGCACGACGUUCAGCAGCGAGCAGACCGUGCAGCUGGAGCUGGAGUACCGACGUCACGAGUACGUCACGCGCACUCGCAGACUGGAGCUGGCCGAGGGGCUGUCCCUCACUGAGACGCAAAUCAAAAUCUGGUUUCAAAAUCGACGAGCCAAAGACAAAAGAAUCGAAAAAGCUCAAAUGGACCAGCACAUUCGAAAAAUGGGGCUAGGUGUGCUGGGUAUUCGAGAAGACUGCCCUCCUCUUGGGUCAUACCCAGGCCUCCGUUUCUCUCCUACAUGGCCGUUACCUCCUGCAAGUCUCAGCGACGCGUCGACUGAUGCCCUGAAACCUUUACCCAUCACCUACAAAUAAACUUUUCAGGACUGAUUGUGAUGAGAAAAUUUAAAGUUUAUAAGCGCUCUGUCUGUCUGUCUGUCUGUCUGUCUGUCUGUCUGUCUGUCUGUCUGUCUGUCUGUCUGUCUGUCUGUCUGUCUGUCUGUCUGUCUGUCUGUCUGUCUGUCUCACUACCUAACUCCUUCUCUCUAUCAAUCAUUCUCUCUGUUCCUUUUGACUGCUUCGUCGACCAAGAUCAGUGAUUGGCAUGUAUAUCUUCAGCCAGCCAGCCAGCCAGCCAGCCAGCCAGUCAGCCAGUCAAUCAAUACGGAAACUUGUCGUGUGGCACUUGCGAUUCAUUGAAGUUCUUAAAAAAUGUAAUAUAGUUAACGUUUAUUAGCUAAUUAACUUCAUUGUUGCACCUGGUGUUAAUUUGUUCGUACAGUGGCUCGUCCUCUACCUCUUCUUCUCUCUGGCUUUCUCCGUCCCUUCUUUGAUAUUUUCUUUUUGUGCAUACUUACUGUUUUUUGUGCCAAAUUUCUGGCUUGUUUUCCUUUAAUUAUAGAUUUCUUUCUUUAAUUUCUAUUAUUUAUUAUUUUUUGAUAACAAAAUUUAGCGAUGACAGCUUGUGGGUCAUUUGUACAGUGAAAUAAACUUAACAUACAUUUUUUAGCAUUCUGCUGAACAUAAUGAUAAUACAGUGAGUAGAUGCCAUGCUUCUCAAAAAAAAAAAUUUUUUUUCGUCAAAUCUUUUCAUAGUUGUUUGUUAUUCUGCUUUCCUUUAUUUCGACUUCUCAUCAUCCUAUAAAGUCAGCAUGCUGUUUCACUUACAUGACAGACAAAAUUGGAAACAGGUGCGGUGUAUUAUUCUUAUAAAACAGUUGUGCAAAAAAAAAAAAA